AUGAAGGGAAAGGGGAUAAUUUAUGAUGAUGAUGUACCAAUCAAGUUAGUGGAUUGCGAAGACUCUUUUGUCAUCAAGGAAUUCGGCUUGACACUAAUAGGCAAGAUACUCAAUCCGAAGAAGCAGAAUGUUGAAAAGCUUCUACAAACAAUGCCAUCUCAGUGGGGCUUGUCGGAUAGAAUAACUGCUAAUGACAUCGGAAAUGGAAAGUUCUUGUUCAACUUUAAGACUGAAGAUGAUCUGAACUCUGUUCUUCGACAGAGUUCAUUUCACUAUAACUUUUGCAUGUUCGUCCUGGUUCGAUGGGAGCCUAUCGUCCAUGAUGAUUAUCCAUGGAUCAUUCCUUUUUGGGUGCAGCUCGUCGGCUUCCCGCUUCAUCUAUGGACUGAUGGUAACCUUAGGAACAUAGGAAGACGACUUGGUCAUGUCGAUACACUUAAAUUAACUAAGGGUCGUAUGCUCAUAGACAUUCUCUCGCAAACCUCUGAAGUUCUCACGCAAGGUGGAAUACAAGGGAGAUAA